GGGGCGGGGCAGGCGCGGCCGCCAUGGCGGGCAACCGCUUGCAUAAGACUGGGAGCGUGUUCAGCCGGACUCGGAACCUGCUCCGCAUGGGGGUGAUCGAGAAGCCGCUGUGGUUCGACGUCUACGCCGCCUUCCCCCCGCCGAGGGAGCCGCUCUACCGGGUGCCGCGGCCGCGCUACGGCAAGGUGCAGGAUGUCAUCCCUCCCAUCUUCUACCAGGAGGACCAAGUGCGAGCGAAGUUUUACAGAAUUUAUGGCAGUGGUCCAAGGCCUUUUGACCUGUCACAAUCAAACUACAAAUCGACUUGCCAGAGGUUUGUUGAGAAAUACAAUGAGCUGAAAGAAGGAGGAAACAUUGAAGAGGAGAAAUUGUUUGAUGAAACAGGAAAAGCCCUUCUGGCCAGAGGGAUCAUUUUACAGAGGAGAGGAACAGAUAAAGUAGCACAACAGAUUCACCAGGAUGUUGACACCAGGGACUCUGCAUUGCACCUGCAGCUUCAUGCUGUGCUGGAGGAGCUGCAGGACAAGAAGAAAGACCAGGAGCAGCAGAAACCUGAGCUGGCAGAAGCACAGAAGGAAAACCCCUUGCCCUCCUAAGAGCCUGGGCAGGGGAGAGGCCUCAGGUGUCUCCAGUGCCUUCCAUGCUCAUCAUGUCUGAACAAGAGCCUCACUCUUGUUCUUCCAUCUCCCCAGUUGUAAAAUGGGAGACAAGAAUUUUUCCUUCAAGGUUGAAGAUGGAGAGCUGGAAAAUAGGGGCAUAGAAUGGAAAAUUAAACAC